AUGACGUUUGAGAAUUACUUUUCUUUCCAAAUAUUCUUCAUUUUCCUAAGGGAAUCCUUAGAAAUUGUUGUCAUUGUUUCGAUUUUAUUGACGAUUGUCAAACAAGGCCUGUCUGUUGAUGACGACAGCCCAGUUGAAGGAAACUCUUCUUCUGCGGCUCUUCCAAGCCCAAACACGAACGCAAACGCAGAUUCGACCACGGCCUUCUUACAAGCAGGGCGUUUAGACGGUAAUGCUAUUGGAACGUCCGCUGCGGCUGAUAGUAAUAAAUCGAGACCACUUAAUGUGGAGGAAGAAGAAGAAAUCUUCGAGUACUCUAAUGAGCUUAGAGAUCAGGACCGCGAACCCGAUGAACAUACGGCUGACAACGUUAAACUAUAUCAGAAAUUAAAGAUACAAAUUCUUGCGGGCGGCGCAUUUGGUUUGCUGUUGUGUAUGCUAAUCGGAGGUGCGUUUGUCAGUAUCUUUUAUCAUAUCGGUACCGACUUAUGGACACUGAGUGAACAUUAUUAUGAAGGUGUAUUAAGUCUUGUCGCAUCCGUUAUUAUUUCUGUGAUGGGAUUGUUUUUCUUGAGAAUGGGGAAGUUGAGAGAGAAGUUCAGAGUGAAAUUAGCCUCUAUCAUUUAUUCAAAGGACAAUAACUUGUUGGGAAACAACGCUAGAAAAGGCGUAAAAUUCAGUGAAAAGUACUCCUUCUUCAUAUUACCAUUUAUAACAACUUUGAGAGAAGGGUUAGAAGCUGUUGUAUUUAUUGGAGGUAUCGGUAUUGACCAGCCACUAUCAUCAAUUCCUCUGUCUAUGGUUCUCGCUACUGCAAUUAGUACGGUAUUCGGUAUUUUUUUCUUCAGGUACUCAAGUUCUUUAUCACUCAAGAUAUGUCUUGUAGUCGCCACCUGCUUCCUUUACUUGAUUGCGGCUGGUUUGUUUUCUAAAGGUAUAUGGCAACUCGAAUUGCAAGACUAUGUCAACAAAUGUAACGGCCAAGACAUGAGUGAGGUGGGAAACGGACCUGGUUCGUACGAUAUAUCUCGUUCUGUUUGGCAUGUUAAUUGUUGUAAUGGUGAAAAAGAUGGAGGUUGGAUGAUUUUCACCGCCAUUUUUGGCUGGACAAAUAGUGCUACUGUCGGCUCUGUAAUCAGCUACAACGUCUACUGGCUAGUUUUAAUAUGUGCCCUGAAACUGCUAAUGAUAGAAGAAAAAUACGGAUACAUCCCAUAUAUACCUAUCAGCUGGCAAAAGAAACGUAUUAUGAAAAGAUUGAGCAUAGCUAAGGCCUCGCUAGAUCUCAAACAUCAUACUUCUGAGCUCAACUCUAGUACAUCAGAACCAGACAGUCAAAGACGGUCGAAAGAUAGUUCGGUGCCCUUAAUAAUUGAUAGCAGUGGUUCAGCAAACUAA